AUGCCCGCCAAAUCAUACUCCGACGUGCUCGAUUUCUGGUUUGGCCCCGGAUCUUCCCCGGACUACUUGAAAGCCAAAUCCUUCUGGUACGGCAGCCCCGCCGACGAUGCCUUCGUGCGCUCCCACCUGGGCGAUUCCUACCAGGCGGCCAAGGACGGUCAGCUCGACGCAUGGACACGAGAAGGAACCGGGGAUGGGGCGCUAGCAUUGAUCCUGCUUCUCGAUCAGGUGCCUCGCAAUGUCUUUCGCGACACACCCCAGGCCUACGCCACGGAUUCGAAAGCGGUCGAAGUGGCUCGCUAUGCGGUAGACCAGGGCUGGGAUCGAGAUAGGCCGGCCAUUCAGAGACGCUACAUGUAUUCGCCGUUUAAUCACUCGGAAUACUUGAGAGACCAGGAAAUGUCAUUGAGGCUGUUUACAGACCUAGGCGAUAGCUAUCAUCUCCACUGGGCGAGAAAUUUCUACGAACAAAUCAAGAGGGAUGGCCGAUUUACUCAUCGCGACAAGAUUCUCGGGCGCUGA